AUGUGGCGUCAUGUUCAGGAAUUUGGCUUGCAAAAAAAAUACAGUGAAGACCCUGAAUUUGCAUUGCAAUUAAGAAUGUUACCAGCUUUAGCAUUUGUUCCUAAGGAUGAUGUAAUAAGUUCAUAUAGUGUUUUAAUUGAAAGUAAUUAUUAUAAAGAAAAUGAAGAAAUAUUAGAACAAUUUUUAGACUAUUUCGAAAAUACCUGGUUAGGCAAAUUAGACAGACGAAGAAGACGAAAACAACCAAAAAUUGAAAUUGAAAUGUGGAACUGUUUUUUAAGAAUAGAACAAGAUAUAGCAACAACAAAUAAUUCCGUUGAAGGUUGGCAUAACUGUUUUACGUCAAUCUUAAGUGGAAAACAUCCAUCAAUAUGGCAUUUUAUUGAAGCUUUAAAGAAAGAAGAAAGCAUAAAUCGACUCAAAAUUGAGCAAUAUAUAUGUGGCAUAGACCCUCAGAAAAAAAAAAAUACCGAGAUAGGGCUAAGAGAAUUAAAAAAAUUUGCACUGAUUAUAAUGAUUUAUAAGUCAAGAACUUCAAACUUGUAUUUCGAACAAAAGUUUUCGAGCAAUUGUCAUGCGACCAACUGUUUUCGAUCAAUUGACGGGAUACCAGACCCAGCAGACUAUGGAAGUUGCUCCCUCUAG